UGCAGUGUAGCGCGAGCUCGUUGAGGAGCGGCGUCAUGGAAACGCAGGCAGGCAAGCAGCUCCUCUCCAGUCCGCAUUCCUGGGACACUCACUAAAGUCCCCCAGUGUGUCUGUUAUCACAUCACGGAGCCGGAGAUCACCAGCGACUCGGACGGAUUUAUUACACACACACACACACACACACACACCCUGGGAUAUAUCUACCUUCUGCGGAUCUACUGUAUACAUGUCGGGGUGUUUUUUUGUGAAUGGCGUUUGCAGGCUGAUGAUGAUGAUGAUGAUGAUGAUGAUGUCCAGAGGCUUUGUUUACUCUUUAACCUCGUUUUAGGCAGAAUAUAAUAAUAUAAUCUUAAUAAUAAUAAUAAUAGUGGGAUAUUUAGGCAGGGAGGAGGGGAUGUGCUCUGCGCUUCUUCUUUCUCUCCCCUGCUUUUUUGUGUAAGGAGGGUCUGUUUAAGGGAAAUGCAUCAUUUAGGAUAGAAAUCAGUGUUUUAUCAGCAUCUCGUUGGGAGGGUCGAUGAGAACACGUUUUCACGCACGAGACGUUUAGAAAAGGUCGUUUUUCUGGGUUAUUUCUUUAUAUUUUUUUGGUGGGGGGGUGGUGGAGGGAUGGAGAGAAUGGACAGUGAGGUAUUCACUCCUCAGCUGGAGCACUUUCUGCUCACUCCUCUGGUGGCAUGGGUGAAAACGGUGCUCCAGCCGAGCCCGAGCGACCACACCGGUCUCUCCCUGUACAUGGAGAUAGUGGACGGUUUCUACCUCAACGAGGUCAUGCUGAGGAUAAAUCCUAAAGCGGCGAGUCAGAGACUGAACAAGAAAGUGAACAACGAUGCGGUGUUACGUGUGCAGAAUCUCUCCAUCCUCAUACGACACAUCAAAACCUACUACCAGGAGACCCUGCAGCAGCUGGUGAUGAUGCCUCUCCCCAACGUGCUGGUGCUCGGCAGAACCCCGCUCACUGAACAAGGCCUGGCCGAAGUGAAGAAGCUGCUCUUGCUGUUGCUCGGGUGUGCUGUUCAGUGCGAGGAAAAGGAGGAGUACAUCGAGAGGAUCCAGACGCUGGAUUUUGACACCAAGGCGGCCAUCGCGUCUCACAUCCAGGAGGUCACCCACAAUCAGGAGAAUGUUCUGGAUCUGCAGUGGCUGGAAGGGGGCGAAUCUCCGCCUGAGGAUUUGGACUCGUUUUCCAGAAACCUGGCCUUCCAUCUGAGACGCCUGGUGGACGAGAGAGACGAGCAGCUGGAGACGAUCGUAGAGCUGACCCAGGAGCGUGACUGCGGCCUGUGCCCGGCUCCGCCUCCUCCGCCCUGCGCCCAGUCCCCUAGCGAUUCGCCCAGCAUGCGCCGCACCGAGAGCAGGCAGCACCUCAGCGUCGAGCUGGCAGACGCCAAGGCCAAGAUCCGACGCCUCCGCCAGGAGCUAGAAGAGAAAAGCGAGCAGCUGCUGGACUGCAGACAGGAACUGGAGAGCCUGGAGAAAGAGCUGAAGAGGAUUCAGCAGGAGAACCUCCAGUUGCUGUCUGACGCGCGCUCGGCGAGAGCCUACCGCGAUGAGCUGGACGCUCUGCGAGAGAAGGCCAUCCGGGUGGACAAGCUGGAGAGCGAAGUGGGCCGAUAUAAAGAGAAGCUUCACGACAUCGAGUUCUACAAAGCCAGGGUGGAGGAGCUUAAAGAGGACAAUCAGAUCCUGCUGGAGACAAAGAGCAUGCUGGAGGACCAGCUGGAAGGCACCAGGGCUCGUUCAGACAAACUGCACGAGCUGGAGAAGGAGAAUCUGCAGUUCAAAGCCAAAAUCCAUGACAUGGAGAUGGAGCGAGACAUGGACAGGAAGCGUAUAGAGGAGUUGCUGGAGGAGAACCUGGCGCUGGAGAUGGCUCAGAAACAGAGCAUGGACGAGUCUCUGCACCUCGGAUGGGAGCUGGAGCAGCUUUCCAAAACCACACCCGAGGUCACCGAGGUUCCUCAGAAGUCUUUAGGCCACGAGGUCAAUGAGCUGACCUCCAGUCGCCUCCUGAAACUGGAGAUGGAAAACCAGGCGCUGCUGAAGACCGUGGAGGAGCUGAAGGGCCGUGGCGAGGCCAACACACGCCUCCUCAAGGCUGAAAAGGAGAACCUGAGACUCAGCCAGAAGCUGGAGCAGCUGGCGCAGGAGGCGCAGUCGGAGAGGGAGAGUCUGCGCAGCGUCGAGACCCUGAGCUCAGACCUGAUGAAGGAGAAAGCGCAGCUGCAGAAAACCCUGGAGACUAUGAGGGAGAACGCAGAGAGACAGGUGAAGGGCUUGGAGCAGGAGAACGAGCACUUGAACCAGACUAUCACGUCCCUCAGGCAGCGCUCUCAGGUCAGCGCCGAAGCCAGGGUCAAAGACAUAGAGAAGGAGAACCGUGUCCUCCACGAGUCUAUCAAAGAGACCAGCGGCAAGCUGAACAAGCUUGAGUUUGAGCGCAAGCAGCUCCGUAAGGACCUGGAGCACUACAAGGAGAAAGGCGAGAAGGCAGAGGAGCUCGAGGCGGAGGUCCAACGCUUGGAGCGCGAGAACGAGGCUCUACAGAAACGUGUUGCGAGUCUCGGGAUCACCUGCGAGAAGGUGGACACUUUGGAAAAGGAGAACACUGAGCUGGAGGCGGAGAGCAGAAGGUUGAAGAAAAAGAUUGAUGGACUGAGGAAUGUGUCUUUGCAGCUGGAAGCAUUGGAGAAAGAGAACACCCAGCUGGACGAGGAGAACCUGGAACUGCGACGUACAGCCGAGAGCCUGAGGUCCGCAGGAGCCAAAGCUGCUCGUCUCGAGCAGGAGAACCGAGAGCUGGAGAGCGAGAAGAAUCAAAUGCAGAGAAACCUGGAUCUCCUAAAAGCUUCGUCUAAGAAAAGCGAACGUCUGGAGCUCAGCAACCAAGGACUGGACUCAGAGAACCAGCGCCUCCAGAAGGCCCUGGAGAACAGCGGGCGUAAAAUCCAACAGCUGGAAGGAGAGCUCCGGGACCUAGAGAGCGAGAACCAGAGCCUGCAGAGAAGCUUGGAGGAGCUAAAGAUCUCUAGCAAGCGCCUGGAGCAACUGGAGAAAGAGAACAAAGUGCUGGAGCAGGAGAGCUCGCAGUUGGAGAAGGACAAGAAGCAGCUGGAGAAGGAGAACAAGCGGCUGCGGCAGCAGGCCGAGAUCAGAGACUCUAAACUGGACGACGACAGUCAGAGAAUUUCGCAGCUGGAGAAGGAAAACCGUGCGCUGAACAAGGAAGUAAACACGCUGAGCGAUUCCUAUAACCGCGUCAAAGAUCUCGAGAGGGAGAACAAGGAGCUGGUGAAGCAGUCCACGAUCGACAAGAAGACGCUGGUGACGCUGAGAGAGGAGCUGGUGAGUGAGAAACUGAAGAGUCAGCAGACAAACAACGAUUUGGAAAAACUGACUCAUGAGUUGGAGAAGAUGGGUCUGAAUAAAGAAGGGCUGCUGCAUGAUGAACAGAGCUCUGCUGCAAGGUUCAAGUUGCUGGAAUCGAAGCUGGAGUCGACGCUGAAAUCCUCGCUGGAGAUAAAAGAGGAGAAGAUCGCCGCCCUGGAGGCCAGGCUGCAAGAGUCUUCCAACCUUAACCAGCAGCUCCGCCAGGAACUCAAAACAGUGAAGAAGAACUACGAAGCUCUUCGUCAGAGGGAAGAGGAGGAGCGCAUGGUGCACAACUCACCCUCUAGAGGAGCGGAGGACUCACAGAGCGUCAGUAAGUGGGAGAAGGAGAGUCACGAGGCCACUCGAGAGCUGCUGAAAGUGAAAGACCGGCUUAUAGAGGUGGAGAGGAACAAUGCCACUCUUCAGGCGGAGAAGCAGGCACUGCGUACGCAGCUGAAGCAGCUGGAGACUCAGAGCAGUAACCUCCAGGCUCAGAUCCUCGCUCUGCAGAGACAGGCCGCCUCCCUGCAGGAGAACAACACCACGUUACAGACUCAGAACGCUAAACUACAGGUGGAGAACUCGACCCUGAACUCUCAGAGCGGGGCGCUCGUAGCCCAGAACGCUCAGCUCCAGAGUCAGCAAUGCAGCGCUGAGAGCGAGCGGGACGGCGCCGUGCGGGAACGCGAAGACCUCCGGUCCACCUACGAACUCCUGCUGAGGGACCACGAGAAGCUCGCGGCUCUGCACGAGCGCCAGGCCGCCGAGUACGAGGCCCUGAUCGGCAAACACGGCGGUCUAAAGAGCGCACACAAGAGCCUGGAGGUGCAGCACCGAGAGCUGGAGGACAGGUAUAACCAGCUGCUGAAGCAGAAGGCACAGCUGGAGGAGCUGGAGAAGGUUUUGAAGGCUGAGCAGGAGAAGAUGCUGUCGGAGAAUCAGAGGCACCAGGCCACCGCGGCAGAGUAUCACAAACUAAAGGACGAAAACGACAAGCUGAACACUACAUACCAGCAGCUCCUGAAAGAUAACGAGGGCCUGCAGGCUGACCACAAGAACCUGAAGAGCCAACUGAACGCCGCCAAGCUGGAGCAGACGCGGCUGGAGGCCGAGUUCUCCAAGCUGAAGGAGCAGUACCAGCAGCUGGAUAUCACCUCCACCAAACUCACCAACCAGUGCGAGCUGCUAAGCCAGCUCAAAGGUAAUCUGGAGGAGGAGAACCGGCACCUGCUGGACCAGAUCCAGACCUUGAUGCUGCAGAACCGAACCCUUCUGGAACAGACCAUGGAGAGCAAAGACCUCUUCCACGUUGAGCAGAGACAAUACAUAGACAAGUUAAACGAGCUGAGGAGACAGAAGGAGAAGUUAGAGGAGAAGAUCAUGGACCAGUACAAAUUCUAUGACCCCUCUCCUCCCAGGAGGAGGGGAAACUGGAUCACACUGAAGAUGAAGAAGCUGAUCAAACCGAAGAGCCGAGAGAGGAUGCGUUCCCUCACCCUCACUCCCUGUCGCUCGGAGUCCAGCGACGGCUUCCUGGUGGCGCCGCAGGACAGUCAAGACAGCUCGUCCAUGGGGUCGGGGUCGCUCGACGACCCUCUGAGUCAGAAGAGAAGCGGAAGGAGGAGAGCACAGCACAGCAAUGUGCAAGGUUCCUCCAAUGCGCUGAAAAAGCUGCCGUUUAUGAGGAACAAGUCCAAGGACAAGGACAAAGUCAAAGCCAUCUACCGUCGCUCCAUGUCCAUGAACGAUCUGCUGCAGUCCAUGGCGCUGGCCGGUGCUGGUCCGUGGAGUGGCAGUACUGAUCACCUGGAGGGCCCUGAGGACCCGGUGUCUGCUGGGGGGAGCCAGAGGAUGAAGGAGCUUGCGUACUCCACCACGGCUAUCGACUACACCACCCUCAGCAGAAAGCACAAGCUCAAGAACAAAGACAAUGUCUCCUGUGAGGACGUCACUCCGACCUCUUCAGAUGAGCAGAGUGCAAUUCGAAGCCAAGGUGCGGUGAACGGCAGCAUAAGCAGACCGCACAGCGAGAGCAGCGGAGAGUUCAGUCUCAGUCUGGAUGCUGAGGUUUGGUCGAGCGAGAGCAGUCCGGCCCAGAGACCAACACAGCACAACCAGAGGAGGAGGAGCAGCUCUCACGCCAACGAGUCUGGCAGCCAGGACAAUCUGAGCACGGAAUCUCCACGAAUACCCAGAGUGUCCGAGCCUGCGCAAAAGGAGCGCACCAAGGGACGGGGCAUUCUGCGGUCCGCCAGCGGGAAAGCCACAUCCACUGGGCCCAAAGCGGGCCGACCGAGCCUGCGCAAGGCUGAGAGCACUCGGGUGAAGGGCACUAGUCAACCGGGAUUAGGCCUGAGUGCUCAAGCAAAAGCGAUGUCGGUGUGUGAGCGCCUGGACGCCUCAUCCUCCUCUGCCGGACUUCCUCGUGCCAGCAGUGUCAUCUCCACAGCCGAGGGCAGCACACGCCGCUCUAGCGUCCACGACAUGCUGGCCAAGGACGCACGUGAGCCCGUCUCUGUGGACCUGUCGCCCUCGAAGAGUAAGGCCGCAUCCAAUGUGGAAACGUCCCGCGAACGCAGGAAAUCUAAAAGCCGAUCUGGAGAGCAGCAAAUCUCCUAAAGUGUUAGCGUUUUCCCCCGAGCCAGAGGGGCGAGUGUCCGGGUGCAGGAAGUGCUGGGAGGGGAUGAGGGGUGAGCAGAUGUCCGAGUUGUACCGUGGAGCUCGGGGAAGAAGGGGGGAGGGAAGGUUUGAUGAUGAUGAUGAUGAUGGAUCCUGGUCUGACGGUGGAGAUGGUGAUGAUGCUCCUGGUGUUUGCAUUUCCUGUUUCUUUUCUUUCCUCCUCUCCUCUCUCUCUCUCUCUGCCCUGAUGUUCAUCCAUCUCAGUGCUUCAGUCCUGCAUGAUGUUCCGACGCCGUGACCGGAAGAUCCUCCUGUAUAAACGUCAUAGCAUCUCGGUUCUCUUCUGCGCUCUCUCCUUUCUUCACACAGAUCCAUUGACCCUGACCUUUUUAAAAAGAGAUCUACGCCGCUGUUGUAUUACAAACUUUUUUUUCCUUGAAUCAAGGAAACUCAAAGAAUUUAAUAUGAUGCUUGUUUUUUUCGGGGGGCCAAGUUGACUUUUUCUUUCUUCGAAAUCCUGCGUGACUCCAAUCAUCAGCCCGUGGACUUUUUUUUUUUCUCCUGUCUCCAACGCCUGCAUGUGACGCUACGUCCAAAUCCGGACGCGACCGCGUUGACCAGCAGCGUCAAUGACUUUCUGCUUCCUAACUUACCCGAGCGAAACAAAGCCCAGAAACAUGAAGCACAAUGAUGGAAAAGACUGAGCGAGUGUGUGUGAGAGCAUGAAAGCGUGUGUAAGACUACUGGCGCCAUUCAGACCUGCCAUAGCCGUCCUUUUCCACUUUUUCAUAAAUGCAUUUGAUGUGAAAAAACAAAUGUGUGUGUGUUAUUUUACAGCUGAGGACCACAACAGUUCGAUCCCACACCUUUAACCCAGCUGUUUACUGUAAACCUUCUGAAAUACAGCCGCUUACUGCCACUGUUUUGCCCUUCUGUACCUUCAUUUACCUCACACCUCACACAUUCGCUAGGUUUACAGUUUGUACUGACGCACGGUUCAACAGGAAACAGUGUUGUUUCUUUUGUGGGGGGUUUUCUAUAUCGGUCGUCUGGUGAGUUCUUCCUCACAGUGUUCUCAAAUUAAAAAUAUUUAGUUCCUUUCACAAAUUA